GUAAGAAUAUUAAAACCGGAUUUCCUACUACCACCAUUCAAACCCUCGCCCCAUUCCUCCUCUCUCGCUAUCCGCUCUCUGCCAGUGUCUACCGAAGUUUUUCGAUUUCGAAACCCUAACAACGAAUCUCUCUCGAGCUUCCGUUCGAUUCAAUCCGCUUCUCAACUCUCUUUCACCUCCUCAUCCCUCAAUCUCCAAACGAUCCUCUCUCAUUGACCGUCCGAUGGCUGAAGGCAAGCUUGAUCUUCCCGACGAUCUUCUCUCCUCCAAGCCCUCUGAUCAUUCUUGGACCUCUAAAGUGGACGCCUCUGGAGGGAAUGGUGAAGACAAGAUGAUCGGUUAUGAUUCCAAAGAUCAAGCAGCUUUGGACAACAGCAUUCCCUUGUCUCCUCAGUGGCUUUAUUCUAAACCAGGCGAUAGUAAGAUGGAAAUGCGGGCACCAAGUUCUCUCUCCCUUGGGAGUUCUGCUGAUUUGGGUUUGAAGGAGGCUUGGCGUGCGGAAGGAUCCGAUGACAAGAAAGAUUGGAGGAAGUCUGGAAGUGAGACAGAAAGCGGGAGGCGCUGGCGUGAAGAAGAAAGAGAAACAGGAUUACUUGGCAGCAGAAGAGAGCGCAGGAAAACCGAUCGCCGUGCUGAUGUGGCGCCCGACAACAGAGCUCCUUCCUCUGACAAGUGGCUUGAUGUGGGUAACCGUAAUUCUGGGAACGAGGCAAGGCGUGAUAGCAAAUGGUCAUCCAGAUGGGGCCCAGAUGAAAAAGAAAAGGAGAAGAGGACAGCAGAUGCAGAGAAGGAAGAUGAGUCUCACUCUCAAGGAAAUGCAGGCAGAGUGGUCUCUGAGCGUGAUCCUAUUCCCGAAUCACGUGAUAAAUGGAGGCCACGACAUAGAAUAAUGGAGGCAAGUUCUGGUGCCUUUCGGGCUGCACCUGGAUUUGGGGUUGAGAAAGGAAGGGUCGAGGGAUCAAACUCAAACUCAAACUCAAACCCAAACAUGGGGUUUACUGUUGGACGUGGAAGAUCUAGUGCUACUGUUGCUGUAAGGCCUUCAUCUCCAGGUUCCAUCGAGGGUGUGCCUGGAAAGCCUCCUGGGGUUGGGGAUAUGUUUUUCUACCCAAGGGGAAAGCUUCUUGAUAUAUACCGCACACAGAGACUCGACCCUUCUUUUGGUAACAUGCCUGAAAAGAUUCAGGAAGUACCUUCUAUCACUCAAGUAGCUGCACUGGAACCUCUUGCUUUUGUUGCUCCUGAUGCAGAAGAGGAGGCCAUCCUUGGUGAUAUAUCCAAGGGAAAACUCACUGGUAGUGAGUUGGUGGCCAAUAGAUCGAGAAUUAUCGGGUCAUCUGAGAACAUUACAGUUGUCUUGGAUUCAACAUCCACCGACGGGAAAGAUGGUACUCUACUCUCGGGAGACAAUAUAAUUGAUCAAAAUCAAAAUGCUUCACGCUUUGAUAGUCAAAGAUUUAAAACAAGCGAGGGGCAAGAUGCUAAUUGGGAUCAAGAGCAAGGAAUCCCUCAGAUGGAAUCAUAUAUACUGCAAACAAGGUCAAACACCAGUACGAAUGAUCACUGUCAUGAUAAAGCUUCUAAUUUUAACGGUCCAGAUUUGGGUUCUAUGGGGCAUCAUCCGUUGGAUAACUUCCAUCCAUCUUCGUUUGAUACCAAUUCAAAUCUUGUUAAUGAUUCAAACUCUGUAUUUGUUGAUCCAUCUUCUGAGCAAUAUUGGGCAAGAAAUAUGCAGGAUAAUACAAGCGAACAGUUAACAAGUGGCAUCAUGCCUGAGGAGUUAAGUCUUUACUAUCGUGAUCCUCAAGGGGAGAUCCAGGGACCAUUUCUUGGGGUAGACAUCAUCUCAUGGUUUGAGCAAGGAUUUUUCGGGGCAGAUCUACCAGUUCGAGUGGCAGAUGCACCAGAUGAAGCUCCUUUCAUGGAAUUAGGUCAUGUUAUGCCACACUUGAUUCCCAGGCAUGAUUACACCACCAGCAAUGAUCCAAGUCCCAACUUGGACAAGUCGUCUGAUGGUUUCCAAGGGAACCUUGAUGCUAAUGUCGUCUCUGUAUCUGCUCCUGUUUCUGAAAUGGGCUUUUUGUCUGCCUCAGAUAAUCCACAUUGGCAAUUGUCUGAGUUCAAUGGUUUGUCAGGAAAGCAUGCUCAAGUUAGAAUACCUGAGCAUGAAGGCUCUUUGCAGCAUUUAUACUCUGAGGGUCAAAGCUUCCACGAUGAAGAAAUUGUUUUCCCAGGAAGACCUGGCAGCAGCGAGUCUGCAUCAAAAUUUAUGAACAACCACACUGUUCCAUCUGAUUUAAUCGAACCUGGCAUUCAGAGUAGUAGUGAGAAUAAAAUGCACCCCUUUGGAUUGCUAUGGUCUGAGCUAGAAGGGUCGAGUUUGAGAAAUGAUCAGCCAUCUAAGACAAACUUGGCUGGUGGUAUCCAGCAGCAAUUUGUGAAUUUACCAAGUCAGAGGGCCUCUUCUUUCAACACAAUACCUGAUGCUGAUGAAUGGUCAGAUAUUUAUAGAAGAAAUGCCAUGGAUCAACAGGCCAAUGACUUUGAUUUAUCGGAGAAACUUAGGUCUCACCAAAUUCAACAACAGCUGCUCCAACAGCAUAAUCUGCUCAACUCUCAACAUCACUUGAAUGAAUCAAUGCUGGACCAUGUUCCUAUAAACCAAAAACAGUUGUCCGGACAAACUGGGCAAGGUCUUGAUCACCUAAUGGCACUGCAGUUGCAGCAGCAGAGGCGGAUUGAGCUUCAUCGGCAGCAUCAAUUACAGUCGCAUCAGUUGAAUCAACAGCAAAUGCUGCUCAAGGAGCAGCAAUCACGACAGUUGCUUCUUGAACAGCUGGCCCAAAAUCAGAUGCGUGCAGCACAAGCACAAGCACAAUCACGUGCGGAUGCUGCAAGAUCAAAUAAUGCACUUGAUCAGAUUCUUCUGAAGCAUCAGAUCUUGAAUGAACUUCACCAGCGUUCACAACAUGUGGAUCCGUCAUCAAUAGAGCAUCUGAUUCAAGCAAAGUAUGGUCGUCAAGGUCAAGGGCAUCCAAACGAGCUGUUGGAGCUCAUUGCACAUGCGAAACACGGCCAGAUGGAACAUCACAUGCUUCAGCAGGAGCAGUUUCAGGGAAGGCAGCAGCUGCCUUUGCCUUUGGGUUUGGGUUUAAGGCAGAGGAUGGAGAUGGAGGAAGAGAGGCGUCUUGGUUCUGUCUGGCCUGGGCCUGUUGAUGAAACCACUCAGUUUCUAAGAAGUGCUGGUGGGAUUCCCCGAGUCAACUCCAGUGGCCUCAGUCCUUUAGAUGUUUAUCAGCAACAACAGAGGCUAUCUCCAGAUGAGCUGAGUCAUCUUUCAAUGCAAGAGAGACUUCAGCAGCGCUCGUUGCGUAUGCCAGGUGGUGGUCCUGCAAUGAACCUUGAUGUUAAUUCCAUGGGUCGAGUUAAUCAGAAUAUGCAGGAGUUCAAUUCUCAGUUGCACCACGGUGGUGUUGCUAAUCAGCAUCCCUUAGCCUCGAACCGCUUCCAUCCCUCUCAAAUGGGUGUGGGUGCAGAGGCACCCUGGUCUGAAAGCAAUGGGCAAAUGCCAAACGAGUGGAUGGAGUCGAGGAUUCAACAACAGCAGCCACAUAUUGAUAAUGGAAGGCAGAAGGAAGUGAGAAGGAUUUCUGAAGAUCCGAGUGUGUGGAUGUCUGCUGGAAGCAAUGAUGACCCUUCAAAGAGGUUGCUUAUGGAACUGCUUCAACAGAGUCAGAACCCCCCAGAGAUUCAAUCGUCUUCUACUGAAGAAGCAUUAGCAUUGGAUGCAACCCAUCACAAGGACUGCUGGUGGAUGAGACAAUAA